AUGGGCGCGUGUUGCUCGCGCGACGACACCGUCGCGGCGUCGCCGGCGGCGCCGCCGACGGCGCCCGACGGCGCGCCGUCGGAGAUCUUCGUCGACGCCAGGGAGGACGCGUUCGAGCUCGAUUGGGAGACGUUUUGUGUGAGCGAAGCGUCGAAGCGAUUUGAAGUCGAAUGGCACGCGACCCCGAGCGGGUCGACGGACGACGCCGGCGCGCUGGCGUCGGUGGGCGAGCUCGAAGCGGCUCUGUGGGCGUUACGUCGACGCGAGGGCGCGCCGGAGCGAUCGGGAGAGGAUGGUAAUUCGGAUUUGGAGGAAUCUUCGACGGCGCCGCACGAGUACGCGGACAAACGCGCCGAGCGGUGGUUGGACGUGUACGAGCAAGCGAUCGCGCUGAACGACGUGGAGUUAGAGGAACAUCACGAUGGUUGGAAACCGGUAGGAAAGGCGGCGCGACGGGCGACGACUCGGAGGAGCGCGUCGAGUGUGGAUUUCGACGCGGAGGUUAUCAUCGGAGCAAACCACAGUCGAAGGCCGUCGAGCGUGGACAUGGGGAGUCGAAGGGCGUCGAGCGUGGACACGGGGAGUCGAAGGGCGUCGAGCGUGGACACGGGGAGUCGAAGGGCGUCGAGCGUGGACACGGGAACGAGGGAACGGCUAGUCAGCGCUGAGGAAUUGGACGCGAACGCGUUGAGGUUGGCGUGCAAAAAGGCGGCGAGCGCGGAGUGGGCCAGGCCGACGCGCGAUCGAUACGCCGACGUGGAGAUCAACGUGAACGCGGAAAAAAACGAGCUCGCGCGCGUUAUCGACGCUGGUUUCGUGCAAACGUCUCGGGGGGGGACGUUAGAUCACGACUUGGCGCCGCCACCGCGACCGGGACAUCGACGUAGAGAGACGCGGUCCGGGCGCACGUCCGCCAGCUCGAGCGUGGAUUUGGGCGACAACGUGGGCGCGCUCGCGGCGACACAACCGGUUAUCGGUGGAAGAGAGAUGCGCGAGACGUUCGACACGGAUCCAGACUUGGACGAGCGGCUGGUGGUGUACUACGGCCGCUUCAAAGGAGGCACCGUGCACAGUGUGAAACUCAGCGCCACCUUUGACGCGCCGCCGCACCGUCUCGUUGCCGUCGCUCGCGAGUGGGAUCUGAUGCCGAAAUGGAAUCAGUACGCCAUCGAGACUGCGAUUCUUCUCGUUCGCGGUCUCAUGCACGUGGUCGUGUACUCAGCGAUCUGGCUUCCGUGGCCACUCAGCGCAAGAGACAAGAUAAUCGUCAUCGACGCAUGCUUCGUCGGUCAACCUCCGUCCUCGACGAUGGAUCACUUGAAGGUCCCCGGUAUGGACGAGUUCGAGUCCGAGGUCCCGCACUCGUGCGCAGUCUUGCUGACGCGCACGGCGACGAAAGGGGACGAUGUCGGGACCGGGGCGCCAAAAUCCGCCGCAAAGCGCAAGCGCAUCGAAUUCGUCGGCAACUGUGGCAUGCGCAUGCGUUCACUCCCGCCCAAACACGGUUCCACGGUCCCGCGCACGCGCGGUGAUAUCGUGGUUCACGCCGACGUGAAGAUGCGCUUCAUACCGACCACCGUUGUCCGCUUCGUACUCAAAGUCAUGGCGCCCUGGGUCCACAGAAUGAUUGACAAGAUGCUGAAAUCGCCAACGUACUUCGGCGCCCCCGACUCACUGUUCCAACCGAGGAUCGAUGCCAAUCCGGAGCUGUACGACGUACUAAAGCGACGACUCGGCGAGUAUGACUUCUACGACGCCAAGAAGGGCGCCAGUGCAUGA